AUGGAGAGGGCUCAAGGAAGCUGCAGCAACUUUGUCGAAGAACUCCUCCGAAGGAGGCAGCUGCGAGCAUCGCAAGAGCAAAUUGCCGGCUACCAGCAUAGCGUCAACCAGCUGUCUCCAGAAGGGAAAAGGACCCACAUGAUCAUCAACAGCACCCGUAAGAGGAUGCUUAACACAAAGAUUGGGACUUACUGCACUGUCUACGACAACACCGCUGCUCCUUACACCUGGCUUCGCCCCGGGUGGCUUGUCGAGGAGCGCUGUAUGAUCCACAGCGGCCGUCUCUACCGGUACUAUUACGAUCCAGCAGGGCAGAUGUACAACACUCGGCAGGAAGUGGAUCAGAUAAUCGCAGACCUUGAGGCAACGAAUCGCGUGGUCAUCGUCAUCGACGACGACUAG